CUUAUAAGAGGAGGCAAAUGUUUCGUAAACACUGCAGGCGUAAACACUGUAUGUGUUUGUAGAGGAGGGGAGGGAAGAGAUGAACGUACUAAAAUACCCUCGAGAGAAACGAUCAAGUGUUUGGAGAGGCAGGUAUAACUAGGUGACGUCUCACGAGAAGAAUGUUGUUGACACAGUUAUCUGCGUGCAUCCCAACGAAUUUAUGGCAGACUUAGAAUAAACAAGAUACACUUAAAGUUAUGAACAAAACGUACUUACAUUCAUAUAAUAUACAUCGCGGGGCUAUGUACUGUGGGCUCAGUAAAAAUUGCACAUGGCGGCUUAAAUUGAGGAAAAUUGUAAUAUUUUACAUCUUUGGGUUACAAAUCAUCCCACUACCUUAGAAAUGCCUCUCUCCGAGAUGAUUGCUUCUUUAGGAAGCAAUCAGUACUUUUCAGCCGGAUUUGGACUAGUUGGCGUGGGUGCAGGGCUUGCAGUGUUACGAAAGGGAGGUCAGUUUGCUUUCACUGCCUUCCGACGAUACGCGAUCAUUACUCUUGAAGUUCCAAGCAAAGACAAGAGUUACCACUGGGUUCUACAGUGGAUCGCCGCUCAGGGUCAAAGAGCCCAGCAUCUCAGUGUAGAGACAACUUUUCAACAACACGAAACAGGGAAAAUAAACACGCGAUUCGACUUCUCGCCUUGUCCUGGGGUUCAUUUCUUCAAGUACAAAAACAGCUUCGUUCGUGUAGAGCGAUCAAGAGAGAAGAUGGUCGAUCUAACCACGGGGGCGCCAUGGGAGACUGUAACACUCACAUCUCUUGCAACAAACAAACAGUUGUUUUUCGAUAUCUUGAGCGAGGCAAGGCAAAUGGCACUUGAAAAACAAGAAGGAAAAACUGUUAUGUACACAGCGAUGGGUGCCGACUGGAGACAGUUUGGUUUUCCAAGGAGAAAGAGACCGCUGGAUUCUGUGAUUCUGGAUGAUGGUGUCUCUCAGAAAAUUUUGGCUGAUGUUAAAGAAUUCAUUGCAUCUGCCAAGUGGUACAUAGACAGAGGUAUUCCAUACCGAAGAGGAUAUUUGUUGUAUGGGCCUCCUGGAUGUGGGAAAAGCAGCUUUAUACAAGCACUAGCAGGAGCUCUGGACUACAGCAUAUGUGUCAUGAACUUAAGUGAUCGCAGUCUGUCAGAUGACCGCCUAAACCAUUUAAUGAGUGUAGCACCCCAGCAAAGUAUUAUUCUGUUAGAGGAUAUUGAUGCUGCCUUUGUAAAGAGAACUGAUGAGAAGGAAGAAGGGAGAGCAAGUGGCUACAUAAACAGGGUGACUUUUAGUGGUCUUCUGAACACCUUGGAUGGCGUGGCAUCAUCUGAAGAACGCAUUGUUUUCAUGACUACUAAUCACCUGGACAGGCUUGAUCCAGCCCUCAUACGACCAGGCAGGGUGGAUGUCAAACAGGAGAUUGGCCUCGCUUCCAAAUCUCAGUUACAAAAGAUGUACACUCGCUUUUAUCCCGACCAGAUUCCUUCUUGCGCAGAGGAGUUCGCGGACAAAGUAUUUAGAUUGAAGCAGGGAAGAAGCAUCGCGCAGAUACAAGGACACUUUAUGCUAUUCAAAAACGACCCUCUAGGUGCCAUAGAAAAUAUCGAAAUUCUUAGAAACUAGUUCACGUUUCUGUGCUUGAUUAAAAUGAAUUACAUUA